AUGGCUACCAAGAAGACCGUCGAAGAUUUGACCGAUGCCGAUCUCAAGGGCAAGAAGGUGUUGGUUCGGUGCGAUCUGAAUGUUCCCUUGGAUGGGAAGACUAUUACCGACGACACUCGUAUCCGCUGUUCGCUCCCUACGAUUGAAUUAUUGAAAGGAAAGGGAGCUAUUGUGACGGUAUGCUCUCACUUGGGACGUCCCAAGGAUGGACCAGAGGACAAGUUUUCCUUGGCUCCCUGCGCCACUCGUAUGGGAGAACUCCUUAAAAUGACCGUUCCUCUUGUUGGUGACUGCAUCGGAGAGGAAGUCAAGAAAACCGUGGAUGCUGCCAAGGAAGGAGAUGUCAUCAUGCUGGAGAAUACUCGAUUUUACAAGGAGGAAACCAAGAAUGAUGCUGGAUUUGUGGAGAAAUUGGCUGCUCCCUUUGACCUCUACGUGAAUGAUGCCUUUGGUACCGCUCAUCGUGCCCAUGCGUCCACUGAGGGUGUGACCAAAUUCCUCAAGCCAUCCGUCGCAGGAUUGCUAUUGGCCAAGGAACUCAAGUACUUGGAUGGAGCUGUCUCAUCUGGUGAUCCCAAGACUAUGGCCGCCAUCGUCGGUGGAUCCAAGGUUUCUACCAAGAUUACUGUUUUGGAAUCCCUCCUUGAUAAGUGCGACACUAUUAUUAUUGGAGGCGGUAUGGUCUUUACCUUCCUCAAGGCCCAAGGAAAGCCUGUAGGAACUUCCUUGGUCGAAGAUGAUUUUGUGGAAAUGGCCAAGAAGGUCUUGGAAAAGGCCGAUGCCAAUGGAAAGAAAAUUCUGCUUCCUGCCGACAUUAUCGUGGCAGACAAGUUCGAUAAGGAGGCUAAUACCAAAACUGUUCCUGCUGGAGAAAUCCCAGAUGGUUGGAUGGGUCUUGACAAUGGUCCCAAGACCACUGAGGAGCAAAAGGCUGCCUUGGCUGACUGCAAAACUAUUAUCAUGAAUGGUCCCAUGGGUGUGUUUGAGUUUGAAAAGUUCAAAGCAGGAACCAUGGAUCUUGUGAACAUUUUGGCCGAUUUGACCAAGGACAAGGGCGCCAUCACCAUUAUUGGAGGUGGAGACUCUGUUGCUGCCACGGAACAAUCUGGACGCGCCAAGGACAUGAGCCACAUCAGUACUGGUGGUGGUGCUUCCCUCGAGCUCUUGGAGGGCAAGGCACUUCCCGGAGUUGUUGCACUGGAUGACAAGUGA